UGAUCUCGCGGAAUUACAUGGAGCGCGCCAAUUUCUAUCUGAAAGUGAGGUGACACAAAACAGCGCGUUUUUCUUUAGUGACCGGCUAAAAGUCACAUAAAAACUGACGGCACAUGGCAGAAUUUUACGAGUGCAGUGUCAGCAUGGUAAAAAGAGAUAGAUACUGUUAAUGGUGUAUACUUUAAUGUAUGAGUUGACUUGCAUGUUUAUUUUUAAGCAUGUUAAUUUUCCAGAACUAGAGUGGACCUCCCGUGGGACAGUCAGCUGUAUGAGCUGAACAGAGUAUAUUUUUAAUUUUAAAAGCAUUAAGAUAAACCUUUCGGAUCUUCAAUCUAUCGAAAAUGGUUCUGCAAAACAGCGGAAGAUACAAACCAGAUCGUGGACAAGCAGGAGACCCUGAACAGCAGGACGAUGCGUCGUCCUUGUCAGCCGCCAAGCGGCUGGAGCGAAGCCGCUUCACCGAUGUGAUGGACGACCGCUUCGGCUUUGAGAGAAUGAAGGAGCCGGGAGAGAAGACUGGCUGGCUCAUCAAUAUGCAUCCGACUGAAAUCUUAGAUGACGAUAAGCGGCUGGUCAGUGCUGUGGACUAUUACUUCAUCCAGGAGGAUGGUAGCAGGUUCAAGGUGGCUCUUCCAUUCAGGCCUUAUUUUUACAUAGCUACCAAACAGAAUUGUGAGCGAGAAGUCAUCUCCUUCCUGUCUAAGAAGUUUCAGGGAAAAGCGGUAAAACUGGAGAUACUUCCUAAAGAAGAUCUGGACCUGCCAAACCAUCUGGUGGGUCUGAGGAGAAACUAUAUCAAGCUGUCCUUCAACACUGUGGAUGACCUUGUCAAGGUCAAGCGUGAGAUCUUACCAGCAGUGCGCAAGAAUCGGGAGAGGGAGAAGUCUAAUGAUGCCUACACCAGCAUGCUGUCAAGCGUCCUGGGCGGUGGAAGUGCGGCGGUCGUAGAUGAGGACGGCACAUCCAAGAAACUUUCUGACCAGAUGGACAAUAUUGUGGACUUGAGGGAGUAUGAUGUGCCAUAUCACGUCCGUCUGUCCAUCGACCUCAAGAUUCACGUGGCUCACUGGUACAAUGUACGAUACAGGGGAAGUUUGUACCCCCCUGAAAUUGUGAGGAGGGAUGAUCUUGUGGAGAGGCCGGAUCCAGUGGUUCUUGCCUUUGACAUAGAGACAACCAAAUUGCCUUUGAAGUUUCCUGAUGCCGAGACCGACCAAAUCAUGAUGAUCUCGUAUAUGAUCGAUGGACAGGGUUACCUGAUCACUAACAGGGAGAUCGUGUCUGAAGAUAUUGAGGAUUUUGAGUUCACCCCCAAGCCGGAGUAUGAGGGGCCCUUCACUGUGUUCAACGAACCAGAUGAGGCCGCUCUCAUUCAGAGGUGGUUUGAGCAUAUCCACGAGACUAAGCCCAAUGUCUUCGUCACGUACAACGGGGACUUCUUUGACUGGCCCUUUGUGGAGGCGAGAGCCGCUCAGCACGGGCUGAACAUGCACCAGGAUAUUGGCUUCCAGAAGGACAGCCAGGGCGAGUACAAAGCGAACCAGGCCAUUCACAUGGACUGCCUAAGGUGGGUGAAGCGAGACAGCUACCUGCCCGUGGGGAGCCACAACCUGAAGGCGGCGGCCAAAGCUAAACUGGGCUAUGACCCGGUGGAGCUGGACCCCGAGGAGAUGUGCCGCAUGGCCACUGAGGAGCCACAGACGUUAGCUACGUACUCUGUGUCUGAUGCAGUGGCCACCUACUACCUGUACAUGAAGUAUGUGCACCCCUUCAUCUUCGCUCUCUGCACCAUCAUUCCCAUGGAGCCGGAUGAGGUGCUCCGAAAGGGGUCUGGCACCCUGUGUGAGGCUCUCCUCAUGGUGCAGGCCUUCCAUGCUAACAUCGUCUUCCCCAACAAGCAAGAGCAGGUCUUCAACAAACUGACUGACGACGGGCAUGUGCUGGACUCAGAGACCUAUGUGGGAGGCCACGUGGAGGCAUUGGAGUCCGGGGUCUUCCGCAGUGACAUCCCCUGCCGCUUCAAAAUGAAUCCAGCUGCAUUCGACUACCUGCUACAGAGGGUAGAGCGCACUCUUCGUCAUGCUGUUGAAGAGGAAGAGAAGAUUCCCCUUAACCAGGUCCUCAACUUUAAUGAGGUCUGUGAGGAAAUAAAGAAGAAGCUGACCUCUCUGAAAGAAGUACCGAACCGGAUAGAGUGUCCACUCAUCUACCAUCUGGAUGUCGGGGCCAUGUACCCUAACAUUAUCCUCACCAACCGCCUACAGCCCUCUGCCAUGGUGGACGAGGCCACGUGUGCAGCCUGUGACUUCAACAAACCAGGAGCAAACUGCCAGAGGCGGAUGACAUGGCAGUGGAGAGGCGAAAUAAUGCCAGCUAGCCGCAGCGAGUUCCACCGCAUCCAGCAGCAACUGGAGUCAGAGAAGUUUUCCCCGCUCUUCCCCAAUGGCCAGCCACGGGCCUUCCAUGAACUAAACCGUGAGGAGCAGGCGAAGCAUGAGAAGAAGAGGCUGGCGGAUUAUUGUAGGAAGGCCUACAAGAAGGUCCACCUAACUAGGUUGGAAGAACGUGUGACGACCAUCUGCCAGAGGGAGAACUCCUUUUACGUAGACACUGUGCGUGCUUUCCGAGACCGCCGCUACGAGUUCAAGGGGCUACACAAGGUGUGGAAGAAGAAGCUUGCUUCGGCGCAAGACAGCGGCGAUGCCGCGGAGGUUAAGCGCUGCAAGAAUAUGGAGAUCCUCUACGAUUCGCUGCAGCUGGCCCAUAAGUGCAUCCUCAACUCCUUCUAUGGUUAUGUCAUGCGCAAGGGGGCUCGUUGGUAUUCCAUGGAAAUGGCCGGGAUAGUCUGCUACACUGGGGCCAACAUCAUCACGCAGGCCAGGGAGCUCAUUGAGCAGAUCGGGAGGCCCUUAGAGCUGGACACCGAUGGGAUUUGGUGUGUCCUCCCCAACACUUUUCCUGAGAACUUUGUCAUUAAGACCAGUAAUGAGAAGAAACCCAAGGUGACCAUUUCGUACCCAGGAGCCAUGCUGAACAUCAUGGUGAAGGACGGCUUUACCAACCACCAGUACCAGGAACUGGUGGACCCGGCUUCUCUGACCUAUGAGACACGUGCUGAGAACAGCAUCUUCUUCGAGGUGGACGGCCCGUAUCUGGCCAUGAUCUUGCCAGCUUCCAAAGAGGAGGGCAAGAAGCUGAAGAAGAGGUAUGCCGUGUUCAACGAGGACGGCUCGCUGGCUGAGCUGAAGGGUUUCGAGGUGAAGCGUCGUGGGGAGCUGCAGCUCAUCAAGAUCUUCCAGUCGUCUGUGUUUGAGGCCUUCCUCAAGGGCACCACGCUAGAGGAGGUGUAUGCUUCAGUGGCCAAAGUGGCGGAUUACUGGCUGGACGUGCUGUACAGCAAGGCGGCCAACAUGCCAGACGCCGAGCUGUUUGAGCUGAUCUCGGAGAACCGCUCCAUGUCCCGCAAACUGGAGGACUAUGGGGCGCAGAAGUCCACCUCCAUCAGCACCGCCAAGCGGCUAGCCGAGUUCCUGGGGGACCAGAUGGUGAAGGACGCCGGGCUGAGCUGCCGAUACGUCAUCUCCCGCAAGCCGGAGGGCUCGCCCGUCACAGAGAGGGCUAUUCCCCUGGCCAUCUUCCAGGCCGAGCCCAGCAUCAAGAAGCACUUCCUGCGCAAAUGGCUGAAGAUGCCCAGUCUUCACGACCUGGAUAUCCGCUCAAUCCUCGACUGGAAUUAUUACAUUGAGAGGCUUGGCAGUGCCAUUCAGAAGAUCAUCACUAUCCCAGCUGCCCUCCAGCAGGUGAAGAACCCAGUGCCAAGGGUUCGUCAUCCAGACUGGCUGCACAAGAAACUGCUGGAGAAGAACGAUAUCUACAAGCAGAAGAAGAUCAGCGAGCUCUUCACCAGCGAGGGCAAGAGACAGGUGGCCUCCCACCAGCCAGCGGUCGACGGCAGCCAGAAGUCGGGGGGUGUACCAGAUAUGGAGGACUUUGGGAUGCCACGGCGCCCCCUGCAGCCCGCCAUCCUAAUCAGCACCAAGCGCAAGCGAGUCUCCCAGGGUGAUGGCAGUCAGGUGGAGUCGCAGGAGCUGGAGCUCACCCAGUCCUGGAGGGAGAUCCUGGGGCCACCGCCGCCCAUGGGCACAACGCGGGAAGAGCACCUCAUCUGGCUCCGUUAUCACAAGAAGAAGUGGGAACUGCAGCUCCGCCAGCGGCGGGAACACCGGAAGCGCCGGCGGGUGGUGGAUGGGGGCUCCGUGCCUGCCGGGGGCGGGGUCAUCCGUGGGGGCAGAGCCACCACUGACCUGGGCACCUUCCUGCGGCGGACGGCCCGCAGCAUCCUGGACAUGCCCUGGCAGAUCGUGCAGAUAGCCGAAACCAGCCACCCAGGCCUGUAUAAACUGUGGGCCGUGAUUGGCAGCGACCUGCACUGCAUCAAGCUCAAUAUCCCGCGUGUGUUCUACGUCAACCAGAAGGUGCCCAAACAAGAGGAGGGGGCUGCCUACAAGAAGGUGAACCGGAUGCUGCCACGGUCAAACGCUGUCUACUACUUGUAUGAGUAUUCAGUACCGGAAGACAUGUACCAGCAGCACAUCAAUGAGAUUAACACGGACCUCUCGGCCCCUGACAUCGAAGGGGUCUAUGAGACCCAGGUCCCCCUGCUUUUCCGGGCUCUGGUGCAGCUGGGCUGCGUCUGUAUGGUCAACAAGCAGGCGGUUCGCAGCCUGGGUGGCCGGGAGAUUGACACCUAUGACCUGGAGCAUCUGGAGAUGAGGUCCCUUGCCCAGUUCAGCUACCUGGAGCCUGGCAGCAUACGGCAUAUCUACCUGUACCACCACUGCCAGGGCCAGAAAGCUCUCUUUGGCUUGUUCAUCCCAUCCCAGCGCAAGGCCAGCAUCUUCGUCCUGGAUACGGUGCGCAGCAAUCAGAUGCCCAACCUGAGUGCCCUGUACGGGGCCGAGCGCACAGCGCUCUUGGCGAAGACCAGCGAGGAGCUCCUCCCCCCUGAGAAACACACCUUCGAGGUGCGGGCCGAGAGCGACCCCAAGGCCAUCGACCGUGCUCUGCAGCGCCUCCUUCUAAACUACAAGGAGGAACGGCGUGGCCCCACCCUUAUUGCCAUACAGUCGAACCGGGAGCCGCGGCGGCUGGCAGCUGCCAUGCCGGUGCUGGAGGAGUUCCCGGUGGUACCAGUGCACGUGGUGGACGAGAUCAGCUACAGCGUGUUGGACUGGCAGAGGCACGGGGCCCGGCGCAUGAUUCGCCACUACCUCAACCUGGACAGCUGUCUGUCGCAGGCCUUCGACAUGGCCAGGUACUACCACCUGCCUGUGGGGAAUCUCCCCGAGGACGUGUCAAUCUUCGGCUCAGACCUCUUCUUCGCCCGGCACCUACGCAAACACAACCACCUAUUGUGGCUCUCGCCCACGGCACGGCCCGACCUGGGGGGCAAGGAGGCCGACGACAGCCGGCUGGUCAUGGAGAGUGAGGAGCGGGCCAACAUGGAGAUCAAUGCGCAUGGCUGUUACUCUACAGUGUGCAUGGAGCUAGACCUCCAGAGUCUGGCCGUGAACACCAUCCUGCAGUCUCAGCACGUCAACGACAUGGAGGGCGGAGCCAGCCUGGGCGUGAGCUUCGACGUCAUCCAGCAGAGCUCCCUGGAGGACAUGAUGGCAGGAAACCAGGGGGUCAGCACCGUCGCCAGCUACGACGAGACGGCCCUCUGCUCCAACACCUUCAGGAUCCUGAAGAGCAUGGUAGUGGGCUGGGUGCGGGAGAUCACGCAGUACCACAACGUUUACGCCGACAACCAGGUGGUGCAUUUCUACCGCUGGCUGUGCUCGCCCAGCUCGCUGCUGUACGACCCGGCGCUGCACCGGACCCUGCACAACAUGAUGAAGAAGGUCUUCCUGCAGUUAGUGGCUGAGUUUAAGCGCCUUGGCUCGUCUGUUGUCUACGGCAACUUCAACAGGAUAAUCCUGUGCACCAAGAAGCGUCGGAUCAGCGAUGCCGUCGCCUACGUGGAGUACAUCACCAACAGCAUCCACUCUCGUGAAAUUUUCCACUCUCUCUCAAUCUCCUUCUCCCGCUGCUGGGAGUUCCUGUUGUGGAUGGACCUGGCCAAUAAUGGAGGAGUGAAGGGGAAGCUCCCAUCCAGCAUCAUGUAUGACGAGGCUGGAAAAGCACAGAAGAAGCAGGAAAAUGAAGCCGGCAGUGAUGAUGAUGAGGAGGAGGAGGAGGAAGCUGCACCAGAAGAUGAGGGCGAUGGAGAAACUGAGGUGGAGGACCUGAUUGAGAGCAACUGGAACAUCAUGCAGUACCUUCCCCAGACAGCCUCUUGUCAAAAAUACUUUUUAAUGAUCAUAUCAGCUUACAUCGCGGCCGUCUAUCACAGCAUGAAGGAGGAGCUUAGGCGCAAUGCCCCUGGAGCCACACCUAUUAAACGGCGGGGAGGAAGCCAGAUUACCCAGCAGGCUGUGGGAGACUCCAGUGCCUUGCCUGGCAUGAUCACCUUCUCCCAGGAGUACGUGUCAAGCGAGCUGACCCAAAACUUCUUCACAAUCACCCAGAAGAUCCAGAAGAAGGUGACUGGCAGCAGGAGCGGGGCCAUGCCCUCUGAGAUGUUCCCCGUCCUGCCGGGCUCCCACCUGGCCCUCAGCAACCCUGCACUGGAGUUCGUCAAAUAUGUCUGCCAGGUGCUCUCCCUGGACGCCAACAUCACCAACCAGGUCAACAAGUUGAAGAGGGACCUCCUUAGACUGCUGGACGUGGGCGAGUUCUCUGAGGAGGCCCAGUUCCAUGACCCCUGCAGCUCCUACAUCCUGCCGGAGGUCAUCUGCCGCCACUGCAAUUUCUGCCGGGACCUGGACCUCUGCAAGGACCCAUCUGUGGCUAUGGACAGCUCCACGAUGCCCCAGUGGUUUUGCUCCAACUGCCAGGCCCAGUAUGAAACGGAAACUAUUGAGAUGAGCCUGGUUGAGGCUUUUCAGAAGAAGCUGAUGACGUACACAUUGCAGGAUCUGGUGUGUGCAAAGUGCAAAGGUGUGAAGGAAGCCAACAUGCCGCUGUACUGUAACUGCGCUGGAGACUUCAGCCUCAGCUACUCCUUGAAGAGCUUCUCGGAGCAAGUCCGUGUUUUCCGGAACAUCGCCACUCACUACAGCAUGAGCUUCCUUCAGGAGACCAUCGACUGGCUGCUGUGUAUGAGCCCCCAGCUGGGCAGACCAGUCUAGAACUUGCUGACUGAUUCUGCCGGCUGACCCGUUCCCCUCUCUCAAAGGCAUUUUGGCAGACCUGUGGGUUCAGGCUGGGUUCAUACAGAACCUCCAUGGUCUUAAAAAUGUGUCUCUUAUCUGUAUUUGUAUUAAAAUCAUCAAUAAAUAUAUUUGUACAUCUA